CUCUACCGAAAAGUGAACAUAUAAAAAAGAAAAUCCUGACAGCAAAGAUCAGAGCAAUCAGCAAUGGAAUUCUCAAAUGAAAGGCAUCACCACCACCGUCAUCAUCAGAGGGAUGAUGAUGAAGAAAGACAGAAUUACCCACCACCCGAAACUGGCUUUGAUCAACCUCCACCUCCACCUCCCCCUUCAUAUUAUAGAGAAGAUCAACCUCCACCUUCCUAUUAUGGAGUAGAUCAACCUCCACCUUUAUACUAUGGAGAAGAUCAACCACCCCCAAAUUCUUACUAUGGAGGAGCAGAUAGACCUCCACCUACCCAAGUGAGCCACGUGUCCCACUCUUCCUUCCAUGGUCAUCCGCCUCCACCCUCCCAAGGCUUUCUUCACCAACCACCACCACCCCCAGUUCACUCUUUCAACUAUCAAUCUGAAGAACCUACUCCACCUGUUACUGUGCAUCAUGUUGCUCAUCAAGUUCACCAUGACCAACAGUCCCCUGCUCAAUUUGAAACCCAUCACACUUCUCACACUUCUCAUUUGCCCUCCUUCCAUCCCCAUGCCUCCUCCUCUUACUUCUCAAACAAACCCACUUUCAGAGUCUUCACAAAGGCUGACCCCAAUUUCCCUCUAGCCAUCACAGAGGGAAAGGUCAUUCUUGCCCGCUCCCAUGAAACCGAUGACUUCCAGCACUGGUACAAAGAUGAGAAGUACAGCACAAGGGUGAAGGAUGAGGAGCGCUUCCCGUCCUUUGCUCUGGUUAACAAAGCCACCGGGCAGGCUCUCAAGCAUUCCAUUGGAGCCACUCAUCCUGUGCAGCUGAUACCUUAUAAUCCAGAUAUUCUUGAUGAGUCUAUACUAUGGACUGAGAGUGCGGACCUAGGUGAUGGUUUCAGAACUGUUAGGAUGGUUAAUAACAUUCGCCUUAAUCUGGAUGCUUUUCAUGGUGAUAAGAAAUCUGGAGGUGUUCAUGAUGGCACUAUCAUAGUUCUGUGGAAUAAAAACAAAGGAGAUAACCAGCGAUGGAAGAUUGUACCUUAUUGAUACUUUUGCAGCAGUUGUGCCAUGCUUUAUCGUGAUAUUGUCUACUUAAAAAAGUAUUGAGUUUGGAGGGCUACUUCUAGUUCUCGCGGUGAGCGAUUUGAGUUUAUAUGUUUAUUAUGUGUUGAAAAUAUUAAAGUGUGAUUAUAGUGUCAACUGUCAACUACUACAACUCUGGCUCGUAUGUAUAAUGCGUCACCUAUCAAAAACAAAAGGUUGGUUGUUUAUUGACAUUAUAAUCUAGUAUUUCUGAAAUGCCUUAAUUUUGUGGUUGUCA